UAUGGCGGCUGCAUUGACGUGUUGCUGUAUGCUAAGAGACGCGGCUAAUGCGGCGUUCACCUUGAUGUAGCCAAUCCUAGUGGAGGAGACGGAAACCUGUCGGAAAACGGGUGUGGGGAAAAAAUAAGACAGGCGCAGGGAGAAUUGGUGGGAGUUCGCUGUGUAAUGGCGGCCUCGGUGUUGCUGACUGCGGAAAGCACCGUGCCUGGAUUCGCUGUCGGUGCUAGUAGCGGUGCGUCAGGGAGCUCCGGGAACGGACUAACCGUGCCGGGACCGGCGAGUUGGAACCGUUCCUUGGACCGGGCGUUCGAAGAAGCCGCGGCCACCGGCGGCCUGAACCUGAGCGGCAGGAAGCUGAAGGAGUUCCCGAGGAGCGCCGCUAAUCACGACCUGACCGACACCACCAGGGCCGAUCUGUCACGUAACAGACUGCCUGAGCUGCCCGUGGAGGUGUGUAUGUUUGUGUCGUUGGAGAAUCUGAACCUGUACCAGAACUGCCUGCGUACGCUACCUGAGAGUCUGAUCAAUCUGCAGGCCCUCACCUACCUGAACAUCAGCCGUAACCAGGUGUCCACUCUUCCUGCUCACGUGUGCAGUCUGCCGCUCAAGGUGCUCAUCGCCUGCAACAACAAGCUCGUGUCUCUGCCCGAAGAGCUCGGCCUGCUCCGACAGCUCACCGAACUGGAUGUGAGCUGUAAUGAGAUUCAGACGUUACCUGCACAGGUCGGGCAGCUCGAAGCUCUUCGAGAUCUGAACAUUCGCCGAAACCACCUGGUUCGACUGCCUCCUGAACUUGCAGAGCUUCCACUGGUGCGCUUGGAUUUCUCCUGUAACAAGGUGACGUCCAUCCCGGUGUGUUACCGCAACCUCCGACACCUGCAGAGCAUCGUGCUGGACAACAACCCUCUACAGAGCCCACCUGCACAGAUCUGCAUCAAGGGGAAGAUCCACAUAUUUAAGUAUUUGAACACAGAGGCAUGUAAAAUAGCUCCAGAUCUCUCUGAUUACGACAGAAGACCCCUGGGCUUUGGGUCCUGUGUUGAAGAACUGUAUCCUGGCCGGCCGUACGGAGCUCUGGACUCGGGUUUUAACAGCGUGGACAGUGGAGACAAGCGCUGGUCAGGCAAUGAGCCCUCAGACGAGCUGUCAGACCUGCCGUCAAGAGUAGCAGAGUUGACCAGAGAGCAGCGGCAUCGACGGGAACGAGAGCGGGACGAGCACAAGACUGGAUCGCUGCUGGCUAACGGCAUAUUGGAGGCGGAGCUCGACCAGAUCGACUUUAUCGACAGCUGCACAGGAGAGGAAGAGGAGGAGGAUGGGCGGAGCCGAGGGCAGGAACCAAUCAGCCUCAGCUCUCAGUUUAUGGCCUACAUCGAGAGACGAAUCACCAGAGAGGGCUCACCGGUGAAAGCAGGAUCCAACAGAGAUGCAAGAAAUGACGAUUCGAAACGACACAGCUCUUUACACAACCGAAGCGUAUCAGAUACAGUCGGCACGUUGUCCUCUCCUUCUCACAGCCAGCGGCCAGGAUCGGGCGCCGGUCUGGAACGCAUGCGGCGGGAGGCUCAACUCGCUGCUCAGAGGUACGAAGAGGAGAGGCAGAGAACACGAGGUGUACAGAGAGAAGCCAUCAGGAGUUACGUCAAGCAGAAGUCAGCUCCGAGUCCACCGAAGCUCAGUCCUGCAGACAGCGAGACCCUGUACCCUUCCAGACGGUCCACUCAUACAGACGACUCCGCCCUCUUUAUGCAUGGGGAAGAUCGAGCCUCGCUGUCCUCAACCACCCUCCAGUCCCCCUCUUACCCCAGUCCCUCUGCCCCAACCUCCUGCCGUGGAGCCGCUUCACGUCCCGAGAGCUUCCUGUACCGCCUCAGUCAGAGGGAGGAGAAUAAAAAACGAGAUGUGAGAUCUGGAAGGCCAGAGCAAGAUGACGUGACUCCUACACCAUCACCAGCUCCACGACUCACAGGAGAAGAAGCUGAACUGGUGGAACAGCUCAGAAAGAACAUCGAGUCUCGGCUGAAGGUUUCUUUGCCUAGCGAUUUGGGGGCGGCGCUGACGGACGGGGUGGUCCUGUGCCAUCUGGCCAAUCACGUGCGGCCUCGUUCAGUACCCAGCAUCCACGUCCCCUCGCCUGCUGUGCCCAAACUGACGAUGGCUAAAUGUCGACGGAACGUGGAGAACUUCCUGGAGGCGUGUCGUAAAAUCGGUGUUCCUCAGAGUCAGCUCUGUCUCCCUCUCCACAUCCUUGAGGAGAAAGGUCUGGAGCAGGUUGCAGGGACGGUGCGCGCCUUGCUCGAGCUGGCACCUCAGAAAAACAUCACAUCACCAAUUACCAGCUCCGCCCACUCCAUGUAGGACUGCCAGUCACUGGUGGGCGGGGCAUCGGCGUGGCCACAGUACACCGUUUGCCCUCUCCGGUGCUUAACCUGGGCUAAAGAGAGAGUGAAACUGCGCACGGCUUUUAAACCCGAUACUGUCCGUCACCCAACACGUCGGUUCAUACGUAGAGAUGCAGCACUCACUCACUCACUCACUCACUCACUCACUCGCUCACUCGCUCACUUGUUCCACCUGUCACGCGAAAGGAAGAGGUGAGCGACUGCAGUGUGGAAAAGAGGAGAGAAGAAGCUGAUCAUCCAUCAUGACAUACUAAAGCAUUCACUCGAUACUUACAGAGAUUCUUCUUCUCGCCUUACAUUUUCUUUCUUUUUAGGUCACAUCAUUUUUGCACCUAUUAUUAUUAUUAUUAUUAUUAUUAUUAUUAUUAUUAUAAUCACAGCUGACUCUGGGAUGUCAGAUCUUUAUAAUCAGGACACUUGUCCAAGUUUCACACGUUGGAUCUUUAAGUAAAUCACACUAACUCACUCGUUGAGCAAAGCUGAAAGCCCGACCUCUUGUUUUAUAGAACCUUAAACGCUGCACAGAGAUUUAUCAGAAAUGUAGCCACCGGGUGACGCUGUUUCCCAAAGACUAUGAAUACCCGCUGUCUGAAAUAUCUUUAUCAUAGUUUAUAUAAUAAUGAAUAGUUUAUUAAAAUAAAGCAAGGCACUAUUUGUGACAUUUUAGGGGACUUAAAAAAAAAUGUAAAAAAAAAAAAAAAAAAGCAUCUGAUGAAUUUUGAAACACUAUUUUUAUUUUUAUUUUUUUUGACGUACAGCCUUGUUUCUAGAUCAGUUUUAAAUACGGCACUCGCGUCAUGUGGGAGAAUUCGAGGGGGGAAAAAAAACAGGAGAACGUUCGUGAUAUUCCGCUUUUAGUUUCGGAUCUUUAACACUAACUGAUAGAUACGAAAAACAUUCGAUUUGAUAUGAGAUGCGUUUAAUUUUAGUUAUAAACUUCUGUCGGAAAGUUUAUAGGUUUGCAUUUCCCCCCAGUCGAAUGCUGUUUUUUCUUCUCCCACAUGAUGUGAGUGCAUUAAAAUGUGAAUUGUUCAUGAAAGGGUUUAGAGGAGACGCGAGUGUUGCUUUGUUGCUCAUCUUUGUGUAACAGAUCAUACAUGAAUGAGAGAUAAGGGGGAGUGGUUCUUUUUAAGGGGGCGGGGCUAGAAUAGAGAAGCGCACACACAUACACACACUACACACCACACACCACACACACACACGGUGCUAGACGCUAAGGCUGUAGUCACCACUGCAUGGCUUGCUUGUCUAUGAUUCUGUCAUCAGAAGCUGGACGUUUGUGUUUGUGGGCUUUUUUUUUUUUUUUUUUUUUCCCCCCAUAAAACCAUUUCUCCAGGAGGAAAAGGGAAAAAAAAUUUAUUUUGAAGCAGCAGAAUGCUGAAAUUUUGGCAUUCAAAUAUUAUUACUUUUUUUUUUCUUGUAUUCGAAGUUCCACAUUUUCCUUAUUUAUUAUCUCAAAGUUCUGACUUAUCUCAAAAAUCUGUUUUUUUUUUUUUUGUUUGUUUGUUUGUUUGUUUUUUUAAUUUAUCUCCGAAUUCUGACUCGUUGUUUUUUUUUUUUCUCUCUCCUUUAAAUAAAAUGAUCUUAAAUUUAUGUUAACUGGCGUCCAGUUCCUCUCUCUCGUAUCUUGUUUCUAAACAUCUCCGUGUUCUAAGUGAUGACGGUUAUGAUAGAAAUCUGAAAUGCUUUUUAUUCGGAACGUAGCUCCGAACUGUUCGGCAGGACGAACUGACGAGCUAAUAGAGUGUCGGUUAUUAAAACUGGAUCGUUUGACAUAAAUCUUUAUUUAAUGAGUUUAACUUUGAGAUGCGACAAAAUCUUUGAGAUAAACUCACAAUUCUGGGAGAAAAUCUCUCGAUCAGUCAGAAUUCUGCUGCUGCCAAAAAAUUUGUUUUUUUUUCUUACCUCACAGAAAUGGAAUUUUAUAUAUAUAUUUGUUUAUUUGUUUUUGUUUGUUUGUUUGUUUUUUCUUUGUAAAUUUCUCGAAGGCCAUCGUUGCAUCGGCUGCUGAGUGAGAAAUAAAACGCUGACACGGCAUUGCACCUUGGCGGGGUAUCUGGGGUGUUACGGUGCUUUGAUAAGAACGUUAACGGAGAUAAAGGAAGCGCAGGCUGAAGGUGAUUCCGACUGGUUUGCGACAGGAAGCGCUGCUGUAGGUGAAUAACGUAGAGGUUUCGGUCAGUGCGCUAAAACCUGCCCAGAAUUUUUUAUAAAGAAAUAUAAAAUUAAAUAAGUUAAAAAAAAAAAAAAAAAAACACUAAAAAAAGUUUAAUAUGCAUAUAAAUCCUCUUAUUUUUUAAAUGUUUUAACUUGCUUUUUUAGACCCUGGUGUUUUAAAGAGGGAAGUUAAACAAAUAUAGAUUGUAUAAUUUUUUUUUUUAUUAUUUUUGUUAUAUUUUGACCCAGGGUUUUUUUUCCCCAGCAGAAAUGAUGUCGUCCCUUCUGCAGGGUUUUCACCUGCGUGUCUGUACAGUAAAUUAAUGCAUUCCAUACGUUUACAUGUAUGUACGCUGACCACACACACACACACACACACACACACACACACACGGAUGCACUACAUACUUCGAUCUAACAGCAUGGACAUUCUCUGUCUCAUCAUCAUUUUUUUUUUUUUUUU